AUGAAUUUAGACAAAGCUGGGCGCGUCCCGCCCGCGCCAUGGCAGCAGCCGGAGGAGGCCGGCAACGACUUCCAGUGGUGCUUCUCGCAGGUGAAGGGCGCUGUCGACGAGGACGUGGUGGAAGCCGACAUCAUCUCCACCGUUGAGUUUAACUACUCUGGAGACCUUUUUGCAACGGGAGACAAAGGUGGUAGAGUUGUUAUUUUCCAACGGGAACAUGAGAAUAAAGGCCGCCGUCACUCUAGGGGAGAGUACAAUGUUUACAGUACCUUUCAGAGUCAUGAGCCAGAGUUUGACUAUUUGAAAAGUCUAGAAAUUGAAGAAAAAAUUAAUAAAAUCAGGUGGUUACCACAACAGAAUGCUGCUCAUUUUCUACUCUCUACAAAUGAUAAAACUAUUAAAUUAUGGAAAAUAAGUGAACGGGAUAAAAGAGCAGAAGGUUAUAACUUGAAAGAUGAAGAUGGACGACUUCGAGACCCAUUUAGAAUUACGGCACUACGGGUUCCAAUAUUGAAGCCCAUGGACCUUAUGGUAGAAGCAAGUCUGCAACGAAUUUUUGCAAAUGCUCAUACAUAUCACAUUAAUUCCAUUUCAGUAAAUGGUGAUCACGAAACAUAUCUCUCUGCAGAUGAUCUGAGAAUUAACCUUUGGCAUUUAGAAAUCACAGAUAGAAGCUUCAACAUUGUGGACAUCAAGCCAGCUAACAUGCAGGAGCUGACAGAAGUCAUCACUGCCGCUGAGUUCCACCCACACCAAUGCAACGUGUUCGUCUACAGCGGUAGCAAGGGGACCAUCAGACUGUGUGACAUGCGCUCCUCUGCCCUGUGUGACAGGCAUGCCAAGUUUUUUGAAGAGCCAGAAGACCCCAGCAGUAAAUCCUUUUUCUCAGAAAUUAUCUCGUCUAUAUCUGACGUCAAGUUUAGCCACAGUGGUCGGUACAUGAUGACCAGAGACUAUCUGUCGGUGAAGGUAUGGGACCUCAACAUGGAGGGCAGGCCUGUGGAGAUCCACCAGGUACAUGAGUACCUACGAAGCAAGCUCUGCUCCUUGUAUGAGAACGACUGCAUCUUUGACAAGUUCGAAUGCUGCUGGAAUGGUUCAGACAGUGCCAUUAUGACGGGGUCCUACAACAACUUCUUCAGAAUGUUUGGUAGAAACACUCGGAGGGAUGUUACACUGGAGGCCUCAAGAGAGAACAGCAAACCCCAAGCCAGCCUGAAACCCCGGAAAGUAUGUACAGGGGGGAAGAGAAAGAAAGACGAGAUUAGCGUGGACAGUUUGGACUUCAAUAAGAAGAUCCUUCACACAGCCUGGCACCCCAUGGAGAGCAUUAUUGCUGUAGCUGCCACCAAUAACUUGAAGUGUUUUGAAAAUUCAGAGAAAACAGUGACUCCAAGCAAUAAGGUCAGAGAAGGACUUCCGGGAUCUGUACUUAAAAGGGCAGGCAACACUGACCACAGGGCAAGAUGCCCAAAUGCCCGGCUUACCCGAGAGCUGCAGGAGGAGGUGACACAUUCGUGGGAGCUGCUGAUGGCUCAGGGACUUUCAGGCUCUGCUCUAGGAGGUCUGAAGGUUAAAGAGGGCAGUCCUGGAGGUGCUCUGUCAGCUGCAUCAUCUCCUCUCACCCCAGCUUCACCCUCAUCUCCUCCUCCACACAAUGAGGAGCUGGAGCCCUCCUUCUCCCCCAGUGCUAAGCCCCAGAUUGGGCCUAAGGAGGCCAUGAAGAGGCUGCAGGAGAUGGAGAAGAUUAUUGCUGAGCUGAAUGAGACUUGGGAAGAGAAGCUAUGUAAAACAGAAGCCCUGCGAAUGGAGAGAGAAGCAUUGCUGGCUGAGAUGGGCAUGGCUGUCUGA